UAAGCAUUUGAAAGCAUUUGAAUAGUUUACGAAUUAUUAGUAACAAAAGUUUUUACUUUCUGUGACUAGAGUAUAGAAAUUUUUUUUGUCAAUUUGAGUAGAAAUAACCAAACUUUCACAAUAUGACAGCCUUAAUUAGUUUGCAAGCCAAUUCCAAAGCGGCUAAGUGUCUGUAUUUAAUGGUGGCCCUCAUCGGUAUCCUACUGUCCCAAUACAGCGGUUCCUUGUCUCCAGUCAUAGAUUCUUCAAGACAGCUAUGGCUACUGGUGAUAGAGUCCCGGUUCGCACAGGCAUUCAUCGCAUCAUUAUUUGUGAUCAUAUUCUCUGAAUUGGGAGACAAGACAUUCUUCAUAUCAGCCAUAAUGGCAAUGAAACACUCCCGGUCCUCCGUGUUC